UUUUCGCGGUAUUUUAGAUGUGGACGUUGGUAACCUGGCUCUUCUAAUGUUUUGUGUGUUUUUAAUUUUUCUUGUCUACCAUGCUUCUUUGAUGCAAAAAGUUCUAAGACAUUAUGAUUUCCUUUUUGCUGUUUCUCUAACUUGGCACUCGAAUUUCUAUUUUAUGUAUUUAGUGUGUUGACUGUCGGACCUUCUUCCUGUAAUCUACGUCUGAUUUUUCACGCCCAGUAUCCUCCCCACUUUCACCACCUAGGGGAUGAGCUUCACUUCUGAUGAAGUCAAUUUUCUUAUAUUCAGAUACCUGCAAGAAUCAGGCUAUUGUCACUCAGCAUACCUCUUCGGUUUAGAAAGCCAGAUUAGUCAAUCAAACGUCGAUGGAGCACUAGUGCCUCCCGGUUCUUUAUUAAGCCUGAUCCAAAAAGGGUUGCAGUAUACAGAAGCUGAAAUAAGUAUUGGCGAGGAUGGCAGUGAACGUGUUGUGGAGUCACUCUCUCUGAUUGAUGCUGUUGUUCCGGAUGUAAUCGAAAAGCGUAAAAAUUUCCUCAAACAACAGAGCACUACAAACUCAGCUAGCUUAAGUACUCCCAGUAGUGUGCUCUGCAACAGCACCACUCUGUCUUCAACUGUUAAUUGUAUUCCUCAUGUUGGAUCCGUGUCGGUUACUUCCUCCACUUCGGAUCAGUUAUUAUCAGUCAAUUCCCACUCUUAUCCUUUGGAUAUAUCAACCGUUCCCAGUACACUGCACACACAAUCCGAUGUCUCACACAAUUCAAUGGGCCAUGCCCCUUUAAAGAACGAUAUUUCAAGCAUUUCUUCACAUCCUCACUCUCACCAACACAACACACUUCCCCCUUCUACUCUUGUCACAAUUAAACCAAAUAAUCCUUCAAAUGCAGUUAAUGCUUCUGUACUUAAUCAGUCUAGCAACAUGACUCCGUCAUCCCUAUCCACUCCUGUUUGCUCUGUCACACUAAUUUCAACUGUAAGUCCAAUCACUGCUUCAAAUACUACUCCUUUGGUUGGAAUCAAUAAAAUCACAGCUGCUUCUCAGCAGUCUUCCAUAACAUCGGGACAACUUACCACUCACCAUAUCCCUCAACCUAUGCUUUUAUCAUCUAUACAGACAAACGGCGAACAUCAUGGAGGAGCUAUGGUUAAUCAUUAUCGUGGAAACGAUGCUAUGGAAGUUGAUCGAGUACAUGUCCCUGAAGUCAAUAAUACAUCUCCUUUACUCACAAGACAAAUUCCGCCUGAACGGAUCACAGUUUUAAAAGGUCAUCAAUCAGAAGUCUUUAUCUGUGCAUGGAAUCCUCGAAAUGAUAUGCUAGCAUCUGGCUCAGGAGAUUCAACGGCACGGAUAUGGAAUCUUGAGGAACCCGUUGCAAAUCCUCACCACGUCCCUCAGUUGGUUUUAACACAUUGGGUUAAUCUUGAUGGUCAAACUGUGUUGAGUAACAAGGACGUCACAUCUCUGGAUUGGAAUUCUGAUGGAAGUUUCUUAGCCACUGGAUCGUACGACGGGUUUGCUCGAGUUUGGAAUACUGACGGUCGCUUGGCAACAACUCUUGGUCAACAUAAGGGACCCAUAUUUGCCCUGAAGUGGAACAAGAAAGGGAACUAUAUUCUCACAGCAGGAGUUGAUAAGACAACCAUCAUAUGGGAAGCCCAAACUGGCAGAAUCGCUCAACAGUUUGCAUUUCAUGUCGCUCCGACACUAGAUGUUGAUUGGCAAUCAUUAGAUAGUUUCGCAUCUUGUUCCACAGACACAAAUAUUCAUGUUUGUCAGUUGGGCUGUUCUUCUCCUGUAAAAACAUUCCAGGGUCACGAGAAUGAAGUUAACGCAAUCAAAUGGGAUCCUAAUGGACGACUUUUAGCUUCAUGCUCAGAUGAUAUGACAUUAAAAGUUUGGGAUAUGCAUCAUGAUCGCUGUGUACAUGAUCUUCGGGGUCACACGAAAGAGAUUUACACCAUAAAAUGGAGUCCCACUGGUCCUGGAACAGCUUUUGCAAACGCCCCACUUUGUUUAGCUAGUGCAAGUUUUGAUUCAACUGUUCGCUUAUGGGAUGUUGAAACAGGUCAAUGCCGACGUAUAUUAUCAAGACAUACUGAACCUGUAUAUAGCGUUGCCUUCAGUCCUGAUGGUCGUUUGUUAGCGACAGGCUCAUUUGACCAAUGUGUUCAUAUAUGGAAUGUUGAUUCUGGUAACCUUAUAAACAGUUAUCAAGGCACUGGUGGCAUUUUCGAAGUUUGCUGGAAUUCGCGGGGCGAUAAGGUGGGCGCUAGUGCUUCAGACGGUUCUGUUGUGGUUCUCGACCUAAGAAGGUAGCAGUGGCUCUUCUUCCCUAUCGAAUCAAAUUAUGGAAACUAAUCACUAGCCCUUUUUUCAUGUAUAACUUUAUUCAUUGUAAACAAGUAAUCUGUUAGAUUAUUUGAGACGAUAUAUAACUAAAUUUGCUAUAUGGGUGAUACAACGUCAUAACUUAUUGACCCGAAGCUUUCAAUCAAUAAUCAGAUUUUAGCAAUACUUCAAUUAUACUGGGUUCGUAUAGUCUGGAUUUCUGUUCUUUUGCUUGACUCCUGUUUUAAGAUCCAACUUCAGUUUGCUAAUUGUAGCCGUUGCAGUGUGCCCUGGCGUUUCUGUAUCUCUGUCAUUCCUGGAAUAAACCGAGUUUUGUACAUUUCUGAAGAUUACUGAAGAUGAUAAGUCCUUUGUUACUAUGUUUAUGCUUAUAGCCAACAUUUUUGAACUUACUUAUUCUUAAAGAGUAAAACAACUGUCAUGAACUUUAGUUGUUUCGUCUCCCUCGUCUCAGUUGUUAUAUUCUUUGAAAGACUGGUUCUAAACUCUAUAGAUGUUGUUAAGCUGCAUCUUUCAUCAACUAUUUUUGCGCCGUUUUUGUUUGUCUCUUUCUUGUCUCACCAUUUCCUUCAUUUCGGCAGCGAGGCUCAAACUGUUUUUGACGUUCCAGUGUCUGACUUUACUUUAAAUACGUUUCCUUCGGUGAGUGGUUUCACUUUGGGUUGUAUGUGAACUUCACACAUAACCACUAUCCGGUGAUCGUAACAUUUCGUGCUUGUUAAGGAUUGUUGCGUAUAUAGCAUUUUGUCAAGCCAUUUCCUUUAAUGAUUGAAUAAGAUAUAUUAUCCAUCUUAACUUCAUUGUAAAAUGUCCCCUUAUCUUCAACAAUUUUAUUCGAUUUCUGCUAAUUGUGUAAUUCUGUUAGAUUAACUAAAUUCUGUCUGCUUGUUAGCAUGUAUCCACUUUUAUCUUCCUGAUAAUAUUUAAGCAUGUUACCUAUGAAUUUUUGUUUGUUUCUGAUUUGUUUCACAUUAUUCGUUGGUCUAUUCACUUUUGAAGUAUAUCUUCAUUGUCUUUUUGAUAAACUCUAUUUCCUUUCUCCCCUCCAUGACUUUUAAAAUAGAUCAACAAUUUCCAACUCUAAGUUUUUGUCAACAAACCAAAAAAUUUCUUUUUGUUCACUACCAUUUAAUCACAUGCCCUAUCUGUCGUUUCUCGUUACGUCACUGUUUCUGGCUGUGGUUCUUAUUAAAUGGUCUUAUUGAAUAAUAAGAAAUCUUCGUCGAUUAUUAAGUUCCUAUUGUUAACAUUCUUUUUUCGUAAAGCUAUUUUUAUUUUUAAACCUUCAUCCUUGUACUUUGCUUGAAUCAUUAAAAUUCUUUUAUUUGAUGUUUCAAUCUAAUAUUAUGGACCUGUAAAUUACAUUCUUUUCCACUAGGUUUGGUUAUUAUUAUGAAUUUUUCACAUAUUUGUGUAUGUUGGUUUAUAUAUUCUACUCGUAACUGAGCAGCUGUUUUGUGUUCGGAUUUGUCUCUUCCAUUUCCUUUCAUAAGAAAACGUUCGUAUGUGUAUUUGUUGUCUUUAUGAUAAUUUAGUUCUCAUUGAACAUGUCCAUAUCCUCGAAAUUCUUCUAAAGCAUAUUUUUUCAUUCUCAAAAUAACUAUCCACUGUAUAUUUGUCCGUUUUUUUUGAGAAGUUUCCCGGAUGUAAUAAUUAACUUAUUUGCGAUUUUGUACUUUUUAUCUUGACAUCUGCAGUUUUGGGGCUGGUAAAUAUAGCAUUUAUACCGUGUCUAAUAAUGUUUCGGGACUAUUUGGGCUUGACUAUUGUAUCUGUAUUUUAGUUGUAUGCUUCAAAUUGUGCUAGGUCUCAACAAUGUAUGAAAUUUCCUAUUAUU